AUGGGCACACCAAGGUGUGUCCGAGUGGUGGAUGUAGGAGAAGAGGUGGAUGGUGUCCAGCAGCAGUCUUUGCAGGCCGCGCCAUUUUGUAUCCCUAUAAGACAUAAAACACUUAUUCUGGAGGUGGCUCAGGUUGUGAGCCACAGGCUCCCGGGAGAGGUACAGGACCCUGGGGCCAAUUGGUCCAGGGGUAUUGGAGCCUCUGGUGACAGGGUCUCCUACAGUGGAGGGCAGCAGUCUGCAGAACACUCACCAGGUGUGACCUAUGAGUCUGUCCAUUCUCAGUACAUGCCCAACCCUGCUGUCGUUGACCAUCUCUACUUGGAAGAACCAAUUGUUUUUGACGAAAGUCCUCAGUUUGAAACCUUAGCCGUUCACAAAUCACAAGCCGGGAACAGAGAUGCCAUUCUCGACAUAACUAGGAUCUUACCUGACCCUGUUCCACAAGAUCCCUAUGGAAAUGGAGACAAAGAAUAUAAUGAGGUUGGGAACUCUGACACAUUCAUAUCCAACGGCUGUGCUGUUGAUGCUACACCAGACCCUGGAUUUCUGAGCAUUUCAAACUCAUCUCCUCAGGAUAUGAAAGGCCCAAAUUUAAAUUCUAGGUUUCUCUCAAAUGGUCCUUUUGUUCCCACUUUCAAUGAGGCAACAGAGGGAAGUGGUGACAUGCGUGAACAGCUGCCUGAUCGUAAUGGAACUGACCCUGAAUCCCAAAGGAUAAUCGGGUCGGAAAUUGAAGGAAUCACUGAAAGAUACAAAAGCUUGGUAACUCCUGCUACCAAAGAAAAUCAACCAGAAAACAGCUUGACUACACUUCACACAUUAAAUCCUUGGCCAGCACAGGACUCUACCACCCCAACAAAAUCCAUCAUCAGUUUCCAAGAGUCCAUGUCUUCAACAGAUGGGCUGUUGGUAGACAGCAGGAGGGAGAACAACAAUAAGACAGUUCCAGAGAGAACAUCAACCAGAACACGAAAGAUAUCAAAUGGCCAUUGGCCAAUCAAACCAGCAAUGGUCCCUGAGCCAAAUACAGAUCAGAGCUCAAAUGAUUCCUGGAUUGUUUGUAAUCCAGGAUAUAUCCGUGAAAACAACUCCUGUUUGUCUGUAUGUGAAGUGAUUCCCGAUUACUGUUUGAAUGGAGGUAAAUGCGGAGUCAUCGAAAACAUUGGCGUGUUUUGCAGGUGCAGUGAGAAGGAACACACUUGGUACAAAGGACAGCGCUGUCAAUCAGUUCUUACGGAGAUUCAGCUCACAUGUAUAUUGAUUGGGGCAUGCUUGCUCAUUCUUUUCCUAUUCCUCACACUGCUGGGAGCCUUUGCUGUAAAACUACGGUCUCUAAAAAAUGAACAGCAAACAUUUGACUCCAGAAGCAAGCUGUGGAUUUCCUCAACACCACACAUCAACUCUUCUUUCUUGUCUGAAAUAAGCCAGCAGGGAAGUUGUUCCCCAUUGGCUAGCUAUAUCCCCAACUCUCAAUCCACACCGUUCAGUGAGAAUCACCCGACUCAGGGAAGCUUUAAAUCACAGCAGAAUGUGCAGAAAGAGGCUUUGACCAGAAGCCACGGUGAAGAUAUGGCAUUGAACAUUCAAAACACUUGGAUUUCAAAGUGUAAUGGAAAUGCUGAGACUCAACAAAGGGGCAGCAUGAAAACAGAACAUGGACCACCUUCCACGGACAGAGUUUCCAGGAUCACUGUAGCCUCCUGCUCCCCUACACAAGCUCACACAGGAAAGGAGGAGGGAUUUUCCAUCGGGGAAAUGGAGGAGCACAGUGUGUCCUCAGACAAGGAGGAAGAAGAUGAUGUUUCUGAGCGAGUUGGCACCAGCAGCAGGUAG